ACACACACAGUCCUAUUAAAAGGCUCACACAAAGACAAUAAUUAUUGUCUAAACAACCUGAUGUGUUUGCUUUCACUUGCUGUUCACAGAAGUGUGUGUGUGUGUGUGUGUGUGAAAGGACAAGGAGGAGUGGAUUAUUGGCUGACUUCCUUCCUUCCCCUCCAUUUGGACGAGAGCUGCAGCAGGAUAAAGGAAAGCCUGUCACAUUAUUGAGGAUGGGAAAGUAAAGUGAGAGAAAGAACUACUGAGAUGAGCUGAUUGACUACAGACAACAGUUUUUUCACAGCCUCCCUGUCGGACAUAACAUGCAGACUGAAACUGUGCCGAGGAAGUGUACAGCUGAUCUGUGAGGAGCCUCAACCAACUCUGGCACUGUCAGACAUGCAGGACUAUCUCCUCUGUGCCAUCAGCUGCCUCUGCUUUCUCUCUGCUGGUCUCCGUGCUGAAGAAUGCAGCCAGGUUGUUCUGGCAAGACGCGGAAAACUCUACACACCAGAAGGGGGCAGUCUGUCUCUGUCCUGCGUGGUCCAGCACUGUGGAGACACCUGGACAGGGAGCUGGAUCUGGAAAAAUUCUACACAUGAAAAGUUCAGCAGCAUCAAAAACUCAGAAAGACAUCAAUUGACCAAUGUUACACUCUUUACAAAUCAAACCCGCUUAGUUUUGAAUUUCCUGACAGUCCGCCAAUCAGAUGAAGGUUCCUACGGAUGCAAGGUGAUGUGGGGUCAAGGUGACACUGAUCUGGGAAAUCUGAUGUAUGUGAACAUCACAGCAGCUGUCCCCUCUCAGAGGAACUUGUUGCACAGGAUUUUGGUCUGUGCCAGUGCUUCUCUUUGUCUUCCCAUCAUUCUCGGAUUAGCUCGUUGUCUGAGUUCAGGGGUCAAGCCUCAGCCGCUUCCCAGGACAUGGUCCACACAUGUAGCCGUGUACAGAGACCGACCACACCCGCCUCCACCACUGCAGAAACAUGGCUCUCACUCACACAGUGCUCCCCACAGGUCCCAGCCGAAAAAUGAGGUGGUGUAUGCAGACAUUUCCAAGGAUCUACUGAGGCAACAGAGAGCCACCAGAGAGCGCCCCCUGGAGCCCACUGUGUACUCAAGUGUCAAAUUCUCCUGAUUGCAGACAAAGUUUUAUGUGGGGGAUAAAUUAAAUUACACAUCGUGUGGGACACGGCUCGAUCCUUGAUGGAGCAAUUAAGUGGUUUUCAAGUGGAGGAACAAACAAAGCCUAUCAAUCCUUUGACCGGAGCUCUAACUGCAUUGUCUCACUCACUGAACUGAAAGAGCAAAGUUACAGAGCAAGUACAGGUGUGCAGGGUGAGUGGUCGGUCAACCAUCAAACUCAUUUUGAAGCUUCUUUUUGCUUCAAUUUUAAGGUGAAAAAUGUGCAUAGUGUUGCUUUAACCUGUGUAUUGUGAAAAAUCAUUAAAGCAAAGGACAAAAUAUGAUUGAAAAAAUUCAGCAGUGUUUACUCGUUGUUACUGCCACCAACAAGGUCAUGUUUUAAUAGCAGGAUUACGCAAAUACGAUUGAACUGAUUUUGGUGAAACUUGGUGGAAGGGUGGUAUAUGGGCCCAGGAAAAAUCCAUGAAUUUUUCAAACAGAUUAGAUUAAAUGGGCUGAUACAUGACUGUUUUUUUCACUUGCAUUCACUCUGUGAGGUAGGCAUUUGUGAAAUUGUUUUUUCAAGAAAUAACGCAGAUAACUUAAUAAAAAUGUAUGAAACUUUA